GAUGAUUCCGUGACUUGCGCAGGAGGGCGGGGAGCCUCGAGAGGGAAAGAGGGAGCAGAAAGCGUGCAUCCUCAAAUAAGACCGCUUGAAAACGACACCCUGGAUCGUAGUUCAAAGAUUAUUCGCGUGUGAGGAAGUGAAUGACACUGACACAUCAGAUAUGUACUCAGAGGAGUGGAGCAGGAAUCGGCAGGGAAAAGAGAAGCCUGUGAUCACCAAUUUCAGCUUUAGUCAGCUGCCAGAUGAGGAGAAGAGGGGUAGGAUAAAAGCUCACAGUGCUCAGGACUCAGAGGAAUCCAUUCCCGAUGAUCGCUACCAUGGCAUCUACUUUGCCAUGCUGUUGGCUGGUGUCGGCUUUCUGCUGCCGUACAAUAGUUUCAUCACCGAUGUGGACUACCUUCACCGCAAAUUCUCAGGCACCUCUAUUGUGUUCGACAUGAGUUUGACGUAUAUUCUGGUGGCUCUCAGUGCUGUCAUCGUGAACAACGCAUUCGUGGAGAGGCUGAGCUUAAACACUCGCAUCUGUGUGGGAUAUCUAUUUGCAUUGGGACCUUUGGUGUUUGUGAGUGUAUUUGAUGUCUGGUUGGAGCUGUUUAACACUCAGCAGUCCUAUGCUCUCACUCUGGCUGCAAUUGCCAUUGUUGCAUUUGGAUGCACAGUGCAACAGUCCAGUUUCUAUGGUUACACUGGGAUGCUGCCCAAGAGGUACACACAGGGCGUGAUGACUGGAGAGAGCACUGCAGGAGUUAUUGUCUCUUUGAGCCGCAUUUUUACGAAGCUGCUGGUGGAAGACGAGAAGAACAACACCAUCAUCUUCUUCCUGUUCUCUGUCUCGAUAGAGACGCUCUGUUUUCUGUUACACGUGGUGGUUCGACGGACUCACUUUGUCCGUUAUCACACCGAAAGAGCUCGCAACAGCUGGCUCAAAGGACAGAUUAAUAAUGUUAUGACCAAAAAGCACAGUGGCUAUCAGAUACAUUAUGACAGCGGUGCAGAAGAAGAGGAUGGAGUGGCAUCGAGUACAAUUGACGAAGCUGAUGCAGUUAAUCUGGGUAACUGUUCCCAUGGAGAUGGAAUAUACGUCAGAUUUGAUGUGCCAAAACCAGACACCAAAAGGAGCUGGAUGAGCGUGAAGGAGCUGCUGGGUCGGAGGUGUGCGGUUGCCCGGGUGAUCUGGCCCUACAUGCUCUCCAUUUUGGUGACAUAUUUCAUCACGCUAUGUCUGUUCCCUGGUUUGGAGUCAGAAUUACGUAACGCUACACUGGGAGAAUGGCUGCCUAUUCUCACCAUGGCUCUGUUCAACAUGGCAGACUUCGUGGGCAAGAUCUUGGCAGCGUGUCCGUACGAGUGGGGUGGUGUGCAGCUGCUGGUGUGUUCGUGUUUGCGCGUUCUCUUCUUGCCUCUGUUUGUGAUGUGCGUGUCACCCGUGCAGCGCCCCCUGCUGGCGCACCCAGCCUGGCCCUGCGGCCUGUCCUUGAUGCUGGGAAUCAGUAACGGUUACCUUGGCUCUGUACCAAUGAUACAGGCGGCAGGCAAGGUGCCGCUUCAGCAGAGAGAAGUGGCAGGGAACACUAUGACUGUAUCAUACAUGGCUGGACUGAUGCUGGGCUCUGCUGUGUCUUACUCAACGUACAGCCUGACCUCACAGGCACAUUCGACUCACACGCCGAAGCUCAACAACACACUCACAUUACAGAGCUACGUGCCCGGCCACUGAGUGUCUCUCACACGUGCACUGUUUGUAUAGAUGUUAACAUAAGAAUAAAGAACAUUUCCAGAGACUGUCCCUGCUGAAAACACCAGCUUAGACCAGAGUUUGCAUACUGGUCCAGGUUGGUUUGCUGGUUUGGCGAGCGAAGAAUCCCAGUUUGGGACACCAGCAUAUUAGCAUUUCAUUCUAGGGACCAGCAUUCAAAACGCGACAUGUGCUGGUGAGCAGCUACAUACUGUAUGUUGAUUUGUUCAGUUGGCUCAGAUAAAAUGUGUUAUAUGAGUGUUAUAUGAGACUGUCUGAAUAAUCAUUGAAUUGUUAAAUGAAUUGAUGUAUGACCGUUCCUGUCAUGUUUAAAUGUUUGGCUACCAUGUGUAAUUUAUAGAUAUGCUGUGUAGCUCUACUUUAUAACUGGUCGAUGUAGCUGUGUUGAUGUCUUGUUUUAGCUCAUGGCCUUCCACUUUGACCUAUUUAAAACAAUUAUUAACAAAAUGUCGUAUUCUGGCCAAAAUGCACUCACUAAACAGAAAGAUGUAGUUUGACUGAGAUGUCAAACUAACUAUGCCGUUGGAUUUUUUUGGACACGAUGGCCAGGUAAACCUGAAGGUGGACAGGGCGCACAGUUAACACACAAUGGGUGGAAUGAGGGGAAAGCAUUUUUCGAAUGUGAGCUUAUUUUAACUUAGUGCUUACAUAGAAAACCUUAGUGUUUACAUAGAAAAACAAUGGUAUAGUCGCUCGAUGUCAUGGAAAAACGUUUUGAUGAUCUGAUGCCAUGAAUCUUACAGACUUUCCCAAAUACAGCAAUUCUUGUAGCAGCUUGGGAAGUAGAAGGCUGCAGUUAGUGGAGUCCUUUUCCCUCGUCAUCCCCUCAUUUCCUGUUGUUUUUACACCGUUUCUGUCAAUAAAAGAGAGAAAUGGCUAAUAAAAAUUGGAGGUUGUCAUUUUUAGGGCACUUUUAGAGUACUGUUCAGAGUCGAGAUCAUUUUAUUCCAGUAAAUAAAAAAACCAAUCAAUGAAAUCUAAACUGUUUUACUCUAAUAAACAAAAUUCAAAAUUC